AUGGAUUCUCAAAUCCGACGACUAGGCUCCUUGCUUCAGAGUUUAGAUCUUAAAUACCUAGGGGUUUUGUUACCUGUUAAUGAGCCUAACAGGAGGAGCAGAAGGAGCGAAGAGGGUAAAGAAUAUAUAAUUGUGUCGGUGAUGUCACGUGAUGCACUUGAUGAGAGCGUACGAUAUGGCACUGACGAAGCGGGAAACUGGAAAUUGUGUCGGUGGAGGAACAUGUAUCACGAUACGCGUGGAGACGAGGAAAUCAUAUUGUUACCCCCAUAA